CAACUAUAACCAAAAUCAGAAUGGAAAUUUUAGAAACUAAAGAAGAGAAGUUUAACGAAAUCAUCAAAGUUUUGCAUCCGAAAAGUAACACGUCUGAUAACUCAGAAGAGGUCAUGCUUUAUUACUAUUAUAAUCUUGACUACACUAGCAAGAAAGAAGAAGAGCACAAGCUAGAGGCAUGGAACAGAUGCAUGAUAAAAGCAUUUGAAGUUGAGCAUAAGCUAUUUAUGACCAUUGACGAUGUUUAUAAUUCAUUAUCCUUUAAUCCUGAGGAUGAGAAAGCUCUCUCUCCUAUAAUCAAGAAUUUGAAGAAGGAACAACAGCUGGUUUCUUCAAGUGCUGUUUUAGAAGGAAUAGGUAAAAAUUUUCAAGAGUCGCAUUCCUACUUCUCCAAAUUUAUGAAGAAGAUCAUCACUUCCUUUGGAUUAGGCACUAAUAUCGGGGAGCUGUCCAAAGGGCUAUAUUGCCCAUUUGAUCUACUUGAAGAAAGAGCUGAUGAAAUUCAUGAUUCCGUUAUCAAAUCACAAAUAAUCAGUGAGCGUAAAAUCAGAGAUUUCCUGAAGAUUAAAUAUUGUUACGAUGAAAUCGAACAGGAGAUCCUUCUGAUCCACAUGAAGAACAACAAAAUGAUAGAGAUUUGUCAAGUCACUAUCAAAGACGAGACCUCUGGGGAGGAAAUUGACCAUCGGGCUGCCUUUUCCAUUGAAAAUGUAGGUGAAAACAACGAGAAAAACCUGAAAGUAUUCGAACUAGAGGUCAAUCUCUAUGCUCUCUCUGAUGCUAUUGAAGAGAUUGAAGAUAUCAAAAAGAGAAUCAAGCAGAAAAUAACAAGCAAUAAUGACGAAGGGAAAGAAGAUCUCCUUGCUGAACUCUUCAGAAAUAUAGUCUAUGCUGAAGAAGUAUGGGUGAACAUUGCAAGGAGUAUCACCUUGAUUGAAGAAGAGAUUAAAGUCUUUGAUAAUGCUAACGAGAUGUCCAUCCAACUUCUUAUAAGACAAUCCCGAAGGGAUAUAUUCUUCUUUGAAAAAUGAAAGAAAUACCUCAAUAAAUGCCUUGAAGAUGAAGAAGAGUCCGAUAGCGAAGAUGAAGACGAGGAAAAUGAUGAGGAUGAGGAAGACGAAGAAGAAGCCACUGAAAAUAGAUCAUCUCAAUCUCCUGAGAAAUCAUCCCUACCUCCGUGGAUUAGAAAGGUAGAGAUCAAUGAGGAAGAGAUCCAGAAGGAAAUAAAUCUCCUACUUGCUGAAAAAUGAGCUCAAGAUACAGAUGAUCUUCUCAAAGAGUUUACUAAAAAGGUGCAGUUUGACAUAAAAGCAAGGGAAACUAUGAACAUAGAUAGAAGGUCUAUUCAGAAUUCUGAAAUGACAUGCACAAUUCCUAACUCUUACAUGGAUACAAUCACAAAGUUUCAGGAGUUCUUUGGCUUUGAUGAAAAUUUUGAACUCAAAAAUAAUGAUAACGAUCCCUUCGAAGUAGAAUUUAGAGUCUCAAGAGUCAGACAAGAUUAUGAAAAAGAUGAAGAAAACUGCCCAGAUAUCAGAAUGAGUGUGUUGAUGAAGUUCGAUGCCAAUGAUGAUGAGGAUGGAGAAUCAUCAGAACACAAAUCUGAUAUAAGUUCAUAACACUUCAAUUCA